AUGGCUCUCUCCUGGAUUCUGCUCGUGGCGUUCCUGUUCUCCAGCCUGGCGCCGUCGCACAGCGCCGAGCCCGGAGCGCCGCACGGCAAGAGGAGACCGAGCUCGGCAGGCGGCAGCAACGUCCUGCAGCAUCCUCUGCAGGGUCCGCAGGGCCGCGGGUACGGCAGGGGCCACGGUGGGCACCAGGGGGCCCGGAAUGGUAAAGGUGGGGCCGGGCUGCUGUCCCACCGGCCUCUGCACCCGCUGGCCCGGCCCGAGGACGACGGCACAGGCCUGGAGGGGCUGAGCCCGGUGAGACUGGAGAUGGGUCCGGGGAGGGACCGGGACCGGGACAGAGGUCGCGUGAACAUGAGGAGUCAAACCCAGACGAGGGAGAACAACCUGCUGGGGUCACGCAAAGGGCGAGGGCGAGGACACGGACACGACUUCGAGCCCAGGAGGCAGCAAGGCAGCCGGAGAGACAAGGGACGCCACGGGAAAGGUUUCCUGGUGGAGCCGGAGCUGAGGAGGUCCACGCCGAGGGACCGAGAUCUGUUCCAGGACCCUCCCUUCUCCUCGUCCUCCCCCUUCUCCUCCCCCGCCGCCUCCCCCCCGCUCGCUGCGGCCCCGCCCAGCGAACCCCCCUCCCCCAUCGGCGGCGCCGCCUUUGGCUCCGGCUCCUCCAUGGUUACCACGGUGAUGAACGAGCAUCCCCCAACGCUGCCGCCGGCCUCCACCAAACCCCAGAAGUCCGGUCGGGGGAAAGGACAAGGUGAGGUGAUGCCAACGCUGGACAUGGCGCUCUUUGACUGGACGGACUACGAGGACAUGAAACCUGUGGACGCUUGGCCGGCCUCCAGGAAGAAAGACAAGAGGCGGAGUAAGAACCUGAGCAGCGGGAACGUGACGGAAGACGCCGACGCCACCGAGCCGUGCGACCACCACCUGGACUGUCUCCCCGGUUCCUGUUGUGACCUGAGACAACACGAGUGCCAAGCUCACAACCGAGGCCUCAACAACAAGUGCUACGACGACUGCAUGUGUGAGGACGGGUUUCGUUGCUACGCCAAAUUCCACCGGAAGCGGCGCGUCACCAGGAGGCGGGGCCGCUGCGUGGCACCGGAGUCGGUCAGCAGCGACCAGGGAGGCUUCAUCACCAUCUGA